GGAGGGCGUGGCGACAAAAUGCGUGGGGAGAAAACAUACGGAAAGCGGUCGAGAGCGGUGUUCGACGCACGAGUCGUGUGCUUGCCAUCCAGCAGCCCAGAGCAGCCCGCAACACCGCUGCUGAAGGCCGAGAAGCUCCCGCCGGUAGCACGGAGAAGCGAUCUCCAACCACAACGGGUGGCAGGAUUGAGGACGUCACCUAGGAGAGCACUGGCAGAGCAUCAUGUCAACGCCGUGGUGCUGCCCGUGGAGGUGCUCGAGAUUGAACAUCAGACGAGGACGAUGAAGACGGGGGGUCGACUGGAUGCCAGAGCGAAAGCAGAGGACGUUGCAGUACCGAAGCAGAGAACGGAUGCAAGCAAGAAGGUGGCAAGCCGUGGACGACACACAUUCUUCGAUGAUGAUGCCGGUCAGGGAGGGAGAGAAUGUUCACAUACAGGGCCAGUAAUUGUGCAACCCAGAAGAUCUCCUCGGAAAACAAAACAGAAAGCGAAGCUGGUACCUACAGGACCCCAUGACGAUAGCGCUUCGGAUCACGCUCAUGACGAUGGAACUAUUGAGUGUAAGCUGUCCCCCGUCGAAGAGGCCAGCAAACAGGAAGGACCAUAUCAGGAGCAUUGCGCAGAACUCUUGAGCUUGUCAACACAUCCUUUGACCGAUUUCGCGACAUGGUCAGCAGAGAUUUCGGAGCAUUUUGCUGUCACGAAGAUCGCGGAAGCAUCGUUUGGCGAGGUCUAUCGUCUGUCAUUAAUGGAAGACAUUUCGGACUUCUGCAGCACAGACGAGUCGGUCUUCAAGGUGAUUCCGCUAACUCCAGCUGUGAGUGCUCUACCUGUGGAUAAGCGGAAGAGAGCAGCUGCAUUGAAAAAGUGCGAAGGUAUGACCAGUCCGCACGACGUGGCGACAGAAGUCAAGCUGCUCCAACGUAUGACGAGCAUACCUGGCUUUACCAACUUUCGAGACAUUCGCAUCCUCCAAGGGCGACCUCCACCAGCGUUCAUCGGAGCUUACAAGGCAUGGAACGCAUCUCAGAAGGCAAACAAGAAAGAGCUCAGCCACUUCCCCGACCCAGUGAAGAAAUCCAGCUACAACGAAGAUCAGCUCUGGGCUGUCAUCGAGAUGCAAGACGCAGGGUCAGAUCUCGAGCGCCUGGUCGAAGUGGGCAGCUGUACUUCCGUCUUUGACAUAUGGGACAUAUUCUGGCAGACAGUGCUCAGUAUAGCCAAAGGCGAAGAAGGGGCCGAAUUCGAACAUCGAGACCUUCACCUCGGGAACAUAUGCGUUCGAGCACAGUCUACCUCGCUCGACGAGGCGGGAACCACGAUCAACACGAAGCAGAAGCUCGGAUUUACGAAUCUAGAAACAACCAUCAUCGACUACACUCUCUCGCGCUGCGUCAUGCCCGAUACUUCGAUUGCUUACACCGACCUCUCCGCCCCUGCUCAAGCAGCACUGUUCGAAGGCGACAGCACCGAAGAAUACCAAUAUGACAUCUACAGAUACAUGCGAGGCGUGUUAUACCUCGAUGAACCCUUGGCCCCCAUUCACGAAAUGACACACGACGCUCUCGCCGCCACCGAACGGAGUUGGGAACAAUUCCAUCCGCAAACCAAUCUCGUAUGGAUCCAUCUGGUGCUGUACAAGCUGUUGGAACAAAUCGAUUGGCCUUCUGCGAAGAAAGUUCCGCAAAAGAAGAGGAAAGCUGCCGAGUUUGCGGUGUGGAAGCGGGAGAAUGAUCUGGAGCAUGUGUUGCUUCAAGUGCAGGACUUGCUUGAUCCGAAUGCCUGGUGUGGCAGCGGCAUCAGGAGUGCGACGGACUUGGUUGCAUUUGCCGUGGGAGAAGGUUGGUUAGAUGUCGAGGACGUGGUGGGAAGAGAAUCGUUCGACGAAUACCAUUUCGUAUCGGGUGAACACCCCCUUUCGAGCAGAGCAGAGCCAGAGCAGAGCAGAGGUAGGCCAUAAUAGGUACGAUCCCAUAGCGGCAGCCCUUUUCUCCGCUCUUUAGAUAUCCAUGUCGAUAUCAUUUCCACCACCAUUGGUCGCUGCGGUGGUACCAUUGCCUUCUGUGGCGGCAGCAGCAGCAUCAUCCUUAUUGCCCCAGUAAUCAUUCAUCUCUGCAUCCAGCUCUUCUGCCGUCUUUCGUGGUCUGCCGCCGACCAGAGGCCGACCCUCCUCGUCUGUACGCUUGCGUGCUUCGCGUGGCUCACGCGCCGCUCUGCCACCUCUCUCUUCCCUUCUCUCGCCCGGGCGUCUGCCUUCUCCUCGACCACCGCGUGGCGUGCCUCUGCGUCUCACGGGCGACCUCGAGCGCGGCAUGUAGCUGUCUACCGGAUGUCUUCUCGGACUGUCGCUGCGCGCUCGUCUCCGUCGGCCUUCAUCUCUACUACCGUCUCUGCCCGCCUCGAUUCUAUCGAAUAUACUGCGGGGUGGGCGCUCGACUCGAUCUGCCAGUGCUCGUGGUGGUGGCGGUGGUCCUCCUCGAUCCGCGGGCCCGCUGGGCAUGAUCGUCAGGCGGAUGGCCUGGCCGUUGGCGGGACAGCCGUCGUAUUUGUCAAAGGCGUCACGCGCGUCACGCUCAUCUUCGUACACUACAAAUGCUGUGCCGGUCGAUCGGUCGGAGCGGUCGUAAAGCAGGCGGACGGAAAUGGUGGGACCUACGCGUUCGAAAAGUUCGCGCAGAUCUUCCUCGGUCAGCUCGUAGUGAACGUUGUCGAUUCGGAGCUUCGUGCCGAUUGGUGGUGCCCCACGAGGGGCAUAGCGGUCGUCGUCGACGGGAACGCGUGGACCACGUCGGUCAUAGCGGUCCUCCUCGAAACGGUCAUGAACCCACUCGCUUUCAUGCGUGUCAGCGUAUGGCCUUCGCGAUCUGUAGUCGGAGUUGUAGUACGAGUCCAAAUUUGUAGGCUCGUCGCGCCGGUACUAUGAGGCCGAAUGCCCUGGUCAGCUCUGUGGAUGGGUGGGAUAGAUAGGUAGUCGAUGAUCGCGCUCGUGGGUCGCCGAGUCCGAAGAAGGCUCCGUCGAUACGAUCGUCAUGCAAAUUAGGGAGGAGGAGGGAGCACCU